AUGACAACUUCAACACUUGACUGUAAAGAUUUUACGGCUUCAGAAGGACAAUAUACAUUAAAAGAUGACAUUUAUAUAGAAACUUCGAUGCCAAAUUCCAUGAGUGGAACACUGGUUUCUACAGUUUCCGUGAAAUAUAAAGAGUAUUCCACUUAUCAAAACUCACCUAACGCUGAUGGUAAUAGUAGUAGUGGUGGAGACCGAGGUGUAGGUGAACAACAACUUGAUAUUCGACCUACUUCAGCAACAGAAAGUACUUUAGUCGUUGAAACGGAAGACUCUUUAGAUUCAGAAAGGAAAAAACCGAAAGGAAAUAUUACCAAUUCAUCACUUGUUUCUAAAAUAGUUCAAAGUGAUAAUUUAACGAAAAUUUUGGCAAAUCGACAAUGUGAAGAUACAUAUUUAUUUUUUAACGCGGGAAGAACAUUAUUUUGGGUAGAUCUCACUAAUCCAAAGGAUCCAUUAUCUAAAUUUAAUUUUACCAAGCAUCCAAUAUGUCACGAUGUUAAUCAGCUUACUCGUUCUUGUGAUCAUUUGGAUGUGAUUAUUGGAUUUUCAUCUGGUGAUGUUAUGUGGGUUGACCCAUUCUGUAAUAAAUAUAAUCGAUUAAAUAAACAGGGAUUAAUAAAUAGUUCUGCGGUGACUAUGAUGAAAUGGAUGCCAGGAUCUGAUCAUUUAUUUAUGGUAUCACAUCAGGAUGGAUCAAUAGUUACAUAUGAUAAAGAUAAAGAUGAUCAAAGUUUUACACCCACGACAACAACCGGAAGUGAGGAUGAAGGAUUUCGAGUAACAAAACCAUCAAAGAAUACAAAACAUAAUCCAGUUUCUUAUUGGCAAGUUUCCAAGAAAGCGAUAACAGCAUUUGCAUUUUCACCCGAUUGCCAACAUGUGGCAAUCGUUUCAAUGGAAGGUUGUUUACGAAUCAUAGAUUUCGUAAAAGAAACUUAUUUUGGUGGAUUUUCGUGUGUUUGUUGGAGUCCGGAUGGUCGAUAUAUAUUAACAGGUGGUCAAGAUGAUUUGGUUACCAUAUGGGCUUUUCGUGAACAACGAAUUGUCGCACGUUGUCAAGGACAUCAAUCUUGGGUUACCGCUGUAUCUUUUGAUCCUUGGCGAUGUGAUGAACGUAAUUAUCGUUUUGGAUCAGUUGGUGAAGAUACAAAAUUAUUGUUAUGGGAUUUCAGUGUAAACGCGUUACAUAAACCCAAGAGCCCAGGAAGUCAUAGAAGAGCUAGUUUAGCAUCACAAUCACAUACAACUAAUCUUGUUUCGAGACGAAACGAAAAUUUAAAGAAUACAUCACAUCUUUGUUUGCCUAGAUCUGAAGUCGCAAUUUUACAGCCUGUAAUGUCAAAAUCAAUCGAUAACGAAUCAUUAUGUUCAAUAACUUUUCGUGAAGAUUCAAUUAUAACCACUUGCAGAAAAGGUCAUAUAAGAUUAUGGUCAAGACCUCAAUUAGAUGAAAAGAGCGAACAAAUUUAA